AUGGCGUCCCUCACGCCGUCGAUGCGGCAGUUCAGCACGUGUCUGCGAUGCGUGCGCCACGUCCCCGCCGCCAACGGCGCGCAGCACCGCCUGCUGUCGUCCUCGGCCGCCGCCCGUGAGGAAGCGCAGCCCCAGCCAGCUGCCGCCUCGACGCCCCAGCCGCCGCCGCCCCAGUCCGCGGCGGAUGCCACCGCGAAGGACGUCCCGGAGUACAUGCAGAAAUGGGGCACCCUGGACCCUGUGACGGUGGAGAACAAGAAGCAGGAGCGUCGUCUGCUGCGGAGAGAAGGCGUCCAGCCUGUUGGUUCCCGCCGUCGCCGUGCUGCCCUGCGCAUGUCUGCUGUGCGCAACACCGAGGAGAUACCAUUUGAGCAGCUGCCGUACCAGUGCUUCCAGGAGGCCCGCAAGUUCUUGCAGGAGGACAGGCAGGAGAAGCUGAGGGAGAUCAAGACCCAGCAGGCGCGCAUUCAAGCUGUCGCGGCGUCCGGUGCUAGCGAUCAGUCGAAGAGAGACAGGAUAGCCAGGAUGAAGCAGCACCUGAACCAGUUGAUCAUCGAGGCGGACAUCAACGACCCCGUGGUGAAGAGGAAGUUUGAGGAUGGACAAGGCGACAUGAACAAGCCCAUCUACCGCUAUCUGGCCGAGAAGAAGUGGCGCGAGUUCAAGCGCAAGGUCCUAGAACAGCGCGUUACCCAGCUGAACGUCGUCCCUGACCUGCUCGGGUCGCUGGAUAUCGUCGCAGACGUUGAUCUGUCGUUCGGUCGAAAGACCAUUCAGCCCGGCGACUUUGUUGAAUCCAACAUCAGCGAGCACAUGCCAACUCUGCACGUGCAGACAUACACACCUGGCGAGAAGCUGGUGACGGUCGCGGUCGUGGAUGCCGAUGUUCCUGUCCCAGAGGAGGAUGGUUUCACCACACGCUGCCAUUUCAUCGCUUCGAAUAUUCGCAUCUCGCCCAACGAGACCUCGAUCCCUCUGCAGCGCAUUGCUGAGGACAGCAAGAAGAGCACCGACGACAACAAAAUUGCUCUGCCGUGGGUUGCUCCCUGGGCGAACAAGGGCGCACCUUACCACCGCCUGGCCAUCGUUGUGCUGGAGCAGAAUGAGGCACGGAAAUUCGACAUCUCCAAGCUCAGCACUGUCCAGCGCGAUGGCUUCGACCUCCGCAGCUUUGUUGCGUCGCAGAAGCUGAGGCCGCUGACCGCGACUCUGUUCAGGACAAAGUGGGACGAGAGCAUGGCUGGUGUUCUGGAGCGCGCUGGAUUGAACGACCAGAUCAACAUCGAGUUCAAGAGGAGGAGGGUUGAGCCAUUGCCCUACAAGAGGCGCACUGAGCGUAUGCGUUAG